AUGACCCCACACUUGCAUACUUCCUCGAAAACGGGUGCUGGCGCUGGCCAGACAAGCAAGAUCGAAGAUACCGAGAAAGCUGUCACCAUCAACAGCAGCUUGGAGGCCAACACCAGGAUUCCUCAACAUAGACCCUCAAAUCCACACUGUGGAUAUCGCACAGUUCACGCAGUUCGCUUCGAAGAGAAAGUGGUGAGACUUGCAAACCGCUCAGGCUUCCAGCCAGGCAUGAUCCGAGACGUGUACAAACACGAGCACCUUCAAGCAGGCAGAAAACAUUACCAAGGCCAUGCGGGUCGCCGCUGUGAAGUGCGCCACAUCAAAAAUCCGAAGGCGGGUGACACUGUAUGUGAGGACGGAGAUGGAGAGGAGGAAGAGGAAGAGGAGGAGGAAGAAGAAGAAAACAAAAACGACGGGGACAAGAAUGAGGACAAGGAUGUCAAAGACGAGGACGAGUGA